UUCUCCCUCUUUGGCACGUGGGGAGCAGGCGUUUAACAGCACUGACCAACAUGGCCGCGUGCAGUGUGGAGGAGCUGCUGGCUAAAGCGGAGCAAGAGGAGGCAGAAAAACUGAAAAGCAUCUCGGUCCACAAAGAGCUGGACCUGGAGUUUGACGUCGGAAACCUGCUGGCUUGCGACAAAAACCGCAUCGAGGUGCGGGACUUCAGGGAGCAGAAGAAAGAGGACUUCCUGCGGUCUUUAGCUCGUGACAACACGCAGCUGCUCAUCAACGAGAUCUGGAAACAACCCACGGAGAGGGUCGAGGAGGCGAUAGUGGUCAAACUACCAGAGUCCGCGACCCCGCUGCCCAGAGAGAAACCACCUCCGAAACCGAAACCACCGACGAAAUGGGAAGAGUUCGCCAAGCUGAAGGGCAUUCAGAAAAAGAAGAAGACCAACUUGGUGUGGGAUGAAACCGCGAAGGAGUGGAAGAGGCGCUGGGGCUACAAGAGGGCCAAGGAUGACACCAAGGAGUGGCUCAUAGAGGUCCCGGAGACCGCAGACCCGAAUGAGGACCAGUUCGCCAAACGCGUAAAAGCCAAGAAGGAGCGGGUGGCCAAAAACGAGUUCAACAGGCUGAAGAACAUCGCCAGGGCGCAGAAGAUCAAAGUGCCAGGUGUGGGUCUGACCCCGGUGGCGCAGCAGUCCAAAGACGACCUGUCCAAAGCUGUGAGCGUGGCCAAGACCUCCACAGCGUCCGCGGGCCGGUUCCAGGACCGCCUGCCCAAAGAGAAACCACCGAAGAACACGGGCAAGAGGAGGAAGUUCGAGCCCCUCAUCGGCAACUUCGGCACCGAGAAGCAGAAGCAGCUGGAGCUUCUCAAACUCAUGGACAGCAAGAAGCCCAGGUUGGACAUCACCAAGGCCGUCAACAAACAGAUGAGGGAGGAGGACCGAGAGGAGGCCGCGGCUAAAUACAAGAAGGGAGCGGGGAAGAAAGGACGCAAGGGCAACAUGUCAGGAAAGGGCAAAGGGAAGGGUGGGAAGGGUGGGAAAGGUAAAGGAGGCAGUAAAGCUGGAGGUAAUAAAGCUGGAGGAGGGAAGAAGAGGGGCAAACCUGGGAAGCAUUGAGGACUCUAAACCCCGUCCUGCUACAUCUGUGUGUGCCUUGGCAUCAAAAUAUUGGACUGGACUUAAAUGAUGCAACAAUGAAAUGACUGGUUCACCUGUGAAUGAUGGGUGUCAUAUAUGUGUGUGUGUGUGUGUGGAGGGGGUUAAUGUGGCUCUUCACUGUCCCAGAGUUCAUGGAAGAUAACAGAUUUAAUAUGUGUAAUAUUAAUGGAAAAUACUUAAAACUGCAGCUCAAAUUAAAAACAAUAUCAGGUUGAUUGUGUUUUAUUUUUUCCUGUUUUUUUAAGUGAAUGCGGACGUCUGUUCACACAUUGUAAGAAGAAGAAGCACAGGAGUAAUUAAUAGUUUAGUAACAACAAAUAUGGAGUUUAUUCAUUGAAUCUUAAUCAUUGCAAGCAGAACAUGGAAGAUUAUACACAUGGUGACAAGAAAAAAGUGUAAUAUACAAAAAAUAUGUAUUUGAAAUGCUGCAGAAAAAGAUUUCCCUGUGUUUUAACCACAUGUAGGUUUACUGUAAUAAUCAAAAAUACAGUUAAAUAUAAAAUAAUCUGACAUGAAAGAGUAGAGGAAAAAGCUUUGGUGUUUGGUAAAGUAAUCGCUGAUUAUGUUGCAAUGUAAUAUUAUAUACUGGAAUUGAUUUUAACUUAUAGUCGGAAAAUCAUGGGUGUUAAUUAAUAACAUUAACGAUGACUUCCAGGUGCUUUUCAUACUGUUGACAUGUCAAAAUGUGUUCAGUAAAAAGGUUAAAAAUGUGUUGAUCUGUAUGCAAAGUGAACUAUUCUGAGGACUGAGUGUGUGAUUCAACAUUUGGUGUUUAAAAUCUAAGAACUGAGCUGGUCUGUUUGCAUAUUGUUAUAGAAAUUGAGUUAAAGUACAUUACAGUCUGAGAAAUGAAGGUACAUUUAUGCCAGAAAUCACAUUAAAGUCCAAUAUUACCGUAAAAUAGUCCCAAUGAUUUGCAGCAUUGCCCACAAUAAUCUAAUACACAGAGAUAUAUUCUAUAUUUUCAUCAUCUUUAUCACCAAGUGAGUCACCACCAUGAAAGAUCUUCACUUGUAUUAAAUCAGGUUGCUUAAAUUAAACUGCUGCAGCAACCAGUUGACACAAGCUCAGUCCAGAGAAAGAAUCUCAGCAACAGAUUAAAUGACGGUCUUCACUCCAUUAACAACGCAAUCUAAUGUUUCCAAAUGAUCACAUGCAUCUCUGCUAAUGUCUAACGUUAACAUGUGAAUUUCAUUUUUUUUAUAUCUGCUCUUUUCUUACCCGUAACACUUCUUCUCCUCUGUAGAAGUGAACAUCAGACCUGUUUUCUAAGCGGCUUAGCUGGGUUUUUUUGUGUGUGUGGUUUUGGUUAUGUAAAGGCUUUGCUUUGGCCUUGGUGUCUAGACUGGAGGUAUCACACUGAAUUAGUAGCAGUGAGAAGAGUUACAGAUAACAGAAAAAGUUCAAAAUGUGCACCUUCUUGGUACAUUUGGACAUAAAAGUGCAUGAAAAGCUGUUAAUAAUACUAUUUUUCUAUCAUUGUUAGAUAUUCCUUUAUUUGUCCCACAAGGGGGGAAUUCCAAUGUUACAGCAGCAAAGUGGAUAGAGAAAAAACAGUAAGAGUAUUGAGUGUAUUGGUCUCCACAGGGCUGUAAUAUCACGUGUUACCUGAGCCGUUGGGGAUGCAGCCCAAUCAAGUGUUUUGCAGGAUGACUGAGGCCAAAGAUAAUGAGGUUAAUUAGUUGUCUCGUCCAUUUACAGGUGUUUCCUCCUUCAGACAAACACAUUUCCCCUUGUUCAGCUCACUAAACUAAUCUAUAUCCCUCCUCAGCAUUAUUUCCUGUUGCUGUUGAUUGCAGUGAAUUAGGAGAAUAAAAAGCAUCUAUUUUCUAUGCAGAUUUGUUACAGGAAAUAAAGUUAAUAAAAUAAGUUUGAAGUUC